AAAACACCUCCAAGAGAUCCCAUCCUCCAGCAGCAAUGUUUCCACUAGCUUCACCUGGGACUCCAGCAAGACCUCGGACUUUCUCUCCGGCAUGGGAGUGUCUGUCCUUAAGAAGGACAAGCUGGGCAAUGAAAACACACCACAGGACACGCUGGUGGCAUCGCCGUGUCCUCCUCAGAAACGGCAGAAGGUGAAGGAGUUUGUCAUUAUGCGCCGGCCUCGGCUGUUUCGAGAGUCAGAAAGUAGUGUUUCUUGGGAUGCACUUCCAGAUGAAUUGCUUUUGGCAAUCUUUACGUAUUUGCCCCUAAAUGACUUGGUAAAAGUUUCCCUGAUUUGCAAGAGAUGGCAUCGUCUUUCGUUUGAUGAAUCUCUCUGGCAGACUCUCGAUCUGAGUGGUAGAAGUCUGCCACCAGGAGUGAUUGGACAGUUGUUGCCUGCAGGUGUCACUGUAUUCCGCUGCCCAAGAUCUUCUAUUGGGAAUCCGUUGUUUAAAACAAGCAAACCUCUCAGAGUUCAACAUAUGGAUUUGUCAAACUGCACAGUGUCUGUUGCAGAUCUCCAGAGUAUACUUUGUCUGUGUGAAAGGCUGCAGAACCUCAGCUUGGAGGGACUAGUGCUUUUUGAUGACAUCAUCAAGAGCAUUGCUAAGAAUCCAAGUUUGAUGCGACUAAAUCUCUGUGGAUGCUCUGGGUUUUCUGCCGAAGCCUUGGAGCUGAUGUUGAGCAACUGUUCUAUGUUGGAGGAGCUGAACUUGUCCUGGUGUGACUUCACAGCCACCCAUGUCAAAGCAGCAGUCAAUCAUGUUAAUUCAAAAGUAACCCAAUUAAAUUUAAGUGGAUACAGACAGAAUCUACAAAUAUCAG